AUGGCGCCGAACCUUUCUGAAAAGUACGAGGUGCCGUCAUACCUCAAGGAGCUGUGGUCCGAUUCUCCUAUCCAUGGCUCUCCGUUCCGCGCGCCGGGAAAGCCUACUGACCCGGGCGCGAUGCGCGGCGGACAGCCGUUCUCACUCGGGCAAGGAAUGAUGACUUUUGAAAAUUCGCAAAAAACAACCGAAGCCGCAGCAGGAGCACCGGGAAGAUUCCGAGGGGAAGGAAGGUUUGGAGGGAAUGCGGAAGGGGUGAACCGCGGGAGUCCGUCUCUCGGUCCGUACCCGCAUCCCGGGCUGAACGGGGGUGAUCCGCGCUUGCAAGGGUUUCCCGAUCCUGGUGGGCCGUUCGACCAGCGUGUUGUCUCGUUAGAAGGGUCCCCGUUUGGGAGAAAGGCCGUGGAGGCAGGCAGAGGCUCUCCCAGCCGAUCCUUCCUUAGUAACUGGCCGUAUGGGGUGAGUGAGGCGGAUGCUGAUAGAGGAAUGGGGGGAGGAGAGGGACGCGGGGACAGCCGGUUUAACCCUGCGCGGGGAGGUAUGGCUGCUCCCGGAGGGGGAGGCGGAGGCGGAGCGGGAAGAAACGCUGGUGUCGCACAGUGGGCGGCUGCCGGAGCGAACGGAAAGGAGGCAGGGCGAAGGGAGGAUGGAGGGAGUGGAUGGAGUGUGAGUGGCGGCGUGAGUGGCGGCGUGAGUGGCGGCGUGAGCAAUGGAGGAAGAGAAGGCGAGGGGUUGGACGUGGGAAGAGACCCAUGGCGUCGCGCAGGCGCUCUGGGGCCAGAUGGGCUUCAAGGGAACUUUCCGUUACCGCUGCACCAGCAGUUUCCGUCUGUCCAGCAGCAGCAACAACAGCAGGGUGGGAUCAUGGGUGCAUUGACUUCGAAUGCUAACGGUGGAGCCUUUAACGCGGACGAACUUACUCUGGAGCAGCUGACCGACCCUGCUGCUGUAGCUGCGCUGGAAGGCCCGUCGAGCCAGCAGACGAUCAUGGAUCUCCUCGCUGCCGCCGGCAACGCCUUCGCCGCCCCACACAAGGCGGGGGCGAGUGCGCAGGGCAGUGGCGGCGGGGCGGGGAGAGGCGCAGCAGGCGCGGUGGGGGAUGGGGCGGACGCCGGAUCCGGUGUGGGGAAAGGCGCGGAGGAUGUGCGGAAUUCUUUGGAGGCGCUGGCGGAAGAUAUGAAAGCUUUCGACCUCUCUGGUGACCCGACUGGUGAUUCGGAGCCGACAGCAGAGGAGGCGGAGCGCAAGGAGCAGCUCAUGCGCACGCUCACGCGCGUGGCCGCUGCCACGUACCCCUCCGCGCAGCUUUUCCUCUACGGGUCGUGCGCGAAUUCCUUUGGCGUGCGCAACUGCGACGUGGACGUGUGUCUUGCUCUGGAGGGGCCUGAUGUGUCGCGUGUGGAGGUGAUUACGAACAUGGCGAGCGCGCUCAGGGCGGAGGGCAUGCUCAGCGUGCAGGCACUCACCCACGCGCGUGUACCCAUCGUGAAGUUCAUGGACCCAGCAUCGGGGGUGGCGUGUGACAUGUGUGUCAACAACCUGGCCGCUGUGGCCAACAGCCGCCUGCUGGCGGACUAUGGGCGCAUUGACGACCGCGUGCGGCAGCUGGCGUUCCUGGUGAAGCACUGGGCAAAAAGGAGGCAGAUCAACGAGACGUUCCGCGGCACCCUCUCCUCCUAUGCCUAUGUCAUCAUGUGCAUCCACUUUCUGCAGCAGCGCCAGCCGCCCAUCCUGCCAUGCCUGCAGGAGAUGCAGCCGCACACAUACCGCAUGCAGGUGGGCGGCGUCGUUUGUUCCUACUACGACAAGGUGGACACGCUGCGCGGCUUUGGGGCGGCGAACGGGGAGACGGUGGGGGAGCUGCUGGCAGGGCUGUUUGAGUACUGGGCCUUCCGCCACGACUACAACCGCUGCGUCAUCAGCAUCCGCACCGGCGGCUUCCUCAGCAAGGAGGAGAAGGAGUGGACGAGGCGUGUGGGCAACGAGCGCCACCUGAUCUGCAUAGAGGACCCCUUUGACCUCUCCCACGACCUGGGCCGCGUGGUUGACCGCGCCUCCAUCCGCGUGCUCAGGGACGAGUUCCACCGCGCUGCCAAGCUCAUGCGGCAUGACCCUGAGCCGUAUGUCACGCUCUUUGAGCCGUAUGUUCGCGAAGAUGAACGAUGA